AGAGGCUCCUGGAAGCUGUGGGGCAGAAGUCUGAGCCUCAGGCCAGAGCUGCAAGUCUCCCCUCAUCCUGUGCACAAGCUGACUGGGCCCCUGCAUCUGACCCUGGAAGGAAGAACUUGUCAAUAUGUCUUCCAAUAAUGACACAGCUACAAUCCCAAUGACAGAAAGAAAUCCCAAUGACAUUACUGGAAUGGAGACCAGUGACCAGAAGAUAUUGACUGGAGAGGCUGUGCUAAGUUUUCAUAACAUCAGCUAUCAAGAAACAGUGCAGAGUGGCUUUCCAUUUUGUAAAAAAUCUAGUGAGAUAGAAAAACUAUCAAACAUCAGUGGGAUCAUGAAACCUGGCCUCAAUGCCAUCAUAGGACCUCAGGACGGGAGCAGAUCUUUGUUACUAAAUGUCUUAGCUGCAAGGAAAGAUCCCCGUGGAUUAUCAGGAGAUAUUUUGAUAAAUGGAAAACCUCGUCCUGCUAAUUUCAAAUGUACUUCUGGUUAUGUCCCACAAAAUGACACAGUGAUGCACACAAUGACUGUGAGAGAGAAUGUAGAGUUCUCAGCAGCUCUUCGACUUCCAAUGUCUAUAACAAGAGAUGACAAAAGAAGGAGAAUUAAUGAUGUCCUUAAACUCCUGCAUCUGGAUAAGAAGUCACAUGUCAAGCCUAGAUCUAAGGAGCUCAAGAAGAGAACCAGUAUAGCAAUGGAGCUGGUCACCGAGCAUCCCAUUUUGUUCCUGGAUGACCCCACCACUGACUUAGACUUGAGAAAUACUAUUGAUGUCAUCUUAGCCCUGAGAAGGAUGUCUAUGAUGGGACGGACAAUCAUCUUCUCCAUCAAUCAGCCCCCAUGCUCCAUCUUCAGCUAUUUUGAUAGUCUCACCUUAGUGGCCUCAGGAAAAGUCAUGUUUCACGGCCCUGCACAGGAGGCUUUGGAGCCCUUCAUAUCGGAAGGUUUCGACUAUGUUUUCCAUAACCACCCUGGACACUUCUUCCUAGACAUUACUACUGGAGAUUUCUCUGCUAUAUUAGGCAUAGAGGGAGAUGACCAAGAAGAGAUUUCUGAGAAACAGCAACAAGUCACAAAAAAAUUAGCCAAUAUGUAUGCCCAGUCCUCCUUAUACAGCAGAAUAAGAACUGAACUGGAUCUACUCUUGGGGGAACAGAAGGAUGGUAGGAGCCCAGCCUUGGAGAAGAUCACAUGUGUCACCCCUUUCUGGCAGCAGCUAUGGUGGAUCAUCUGUCGUUCCUUCAAAACUUUACUGGGCUUUUCAUGGGUCACUAUCAUUCAGGCAAUUAUCGCAGUCAUGGUGGCCAUAUUUGUGGGUACCACUUUCCGUUUCCUAAAAAAUGAUUGUAUGGAAGCCCAGAGGAGAGCCACCCUGUUAUUCUUGCUCACAGCCCAUGAAUGUAUCACAAGCUGUUUUGCCUUGGAGCUCUUCGUGACUGACAGGGAUCAUUUUCUACAUGAGCAUACUAGUGGAUACUACAGAGUGCCAUCAUAUUUCUUUGGGAAAUUGCUGGCUGAUCUGGUACCCAGAAGGUUAUUGCAAAGUAUAUUCACUGUUACAGUACUCAGCAUAGCAGGAAUCAUAACAGAUGUGAAGGGAUUCUUCACUAUGUUGUUUACCAUCAUGAUGUUGGCUUAUUCUGCCAGCUCCCUGCCACUGUCUAUAAGAGCAGGGAAGAAUGCAGUGGCUGUGCCAACACUACUUGUGAUGUUCUACUUUGUGUCCAUGCUGGUUUUCUUAGGUCGCAAAAUAUAUUCAGAAAGAUCACCUGGGCUUUCACCCAUUCAGUACAUUAACAUUCCUUAUUAUGGAUUCACAGCUUUGCUGCGCGGUGAUUUCUUGGGACAAAACUUCUGUCCAGAACACAAACAAGCAGAAAUCAGUAGUUGCCAGAUCCAAGUAAUAUGUACUGGUGAAGAAUUCUUGAUGAACCAGGGCAUUGAUCUCUCACCAUGGGGCUUCUGGCAGAAUCACGUGGCCUUAUGUUUUAUAAUGAUUAUCCUCUUAUCAAUUACCUAUAUGCAGUUAUUACCACAGAAGAAAGCAGUUCUUAUGUCUGGCUGGAGGAAGAUUCAACAGUUGUUUAAAUAGAUGUGAUUCCAACUUAUUCUAAAUAAUAAUACUUACACUCAUGGACAAAUGCUACAGCCUGCAUGACUCAAAAAAGAUUCCCCCUGUAAUUUACUGUGGUGAGUGCAGAGACCCAUGGCUGCUCAAGAUACCAGAGUAAGUGACACUUGAAUGCUUCACCCUAAACAGGACACCUAUGCUAUACCCUCUUUAAAAUUUAGAGCUCUGUGAAAGAGGGGUGAAGGGUUCAGGAUCCAGAAGAUGAGAAGAAAAGCUAUAAAUGCUAUAUUGUGGGCAUGACACACAGAGCCAUUGCAACCAUGGUCUGUCUCACAACAUCUACAGCUACCUGUACAAGACAGGGUCUCUCAUCUGUUCAGCAAAGGUCGGAGAGGGACUCAACAGGACCACACUCCCUUCUGCUGAACUAUUGUUACUGGUAGACUAUGGAAGACAGGCAGUCUCUGGUUUCACACUUACACUCACAGGAGAGCAGCUAGGCUCCAGUGGAUAGUCUAAAGCCCAGGGUCCCACAGACACCUCUGGUUAAAUUCGGUGGAUCACCAGAUAAUUCCCAGAUAUGAAUGUGAGAAAGGGACUCAUAAAGAGAGGCAUUUGAAAGGGUUGGAAGGGGAAAAAAGGUGGGAGGAAGGGAGAAUGGCGUAAAUGCAUUAUAUACAUAUAUGGAAUUGUAAAAUUUUAAAAAUAUUAUUAUAAGUAUAAAAAGUAACUUUUGUGUAAAUUAUCUAAUUAAGACAUUUUCUAUUUGUUUUCUAUUAUGCUCUAAUUCAGCAAUGACUACUUCUUUUAAAGUUUGUAAAUGCAACACAUUAAUUUUAAGUAACAGAAUCCUAGGCUCAAAUUAAUGUUAUUAAGUAUUGCAUGUUAGUUCAUCUCACCGAUAAUGAUCAUGAGAGGCAAUCGAUCAAACUUGUUGACCUGGAAAAGGAGAACUUGUCCUAAUAAAUCUUACAUUCCUAAGAUCAUUUGUUCACCUUUACAGAGAGAUCAAGUAUCAUCCUCCAAAUGUAAGAGCCAAUAAAUCCUACACCAGAGGUUAUCAGCUCCAUAAGAAAUGUGCCAAUUCUGUUUUAAAAGCAUAGUUCUACAGCAUGUUAUAAAAACUAUAUUACUUCUAAGAAUAAAAAAAAUGAGCUUGG